ACCUUAAAUUUUUAGAUCUAAAUUAAAUAAAUAAAAAUUAAGAACAAUCGACCAAUCAAAUUAUAACAAUUAAAUUGAAACUUCACCUAUGAGCGACACGUCACCAGAAAACACUAAAGUGACUUCUCUUUUAAUAUAUAGGGGAUAUACAAAAAUAUAAUAAAACCUAAAUUUCAAAUUCCUACAAAAAUCAUACCGCUAAUGUGAUACUAAACCAUCAGACAAGCAUUCAGUUGAUUCAUCAUCCAAAAACUAAAAUACAACAAUAGAAUCCAACCAACUAUAUUGCUUACAACAAAUUUCAAACACAUUCUCAUUAAUUUUCUAAUGAGGGAAUAUUUAUUACAAUGAUAGUCAAUUCACUUUCUAUCUUUUUUAUCAAAUUUUCUAUUCUCUCAUCCUCUUCUUCCUCAAGUCUAUCAUCCCACAUUACCUACUUACCAAAAAAUACAUAUUCUUCACUUCCUCGAUAAAAAAAGCUCCUCCCUUUACUUUGUACACAUCAACCCCAAAAAAAACAAAAAUCAAAGACCCAAUCUCUAGAUGACAAUCCUUCUCCAAACUUCUUAUUAUUUUUAGACCAACAAGUACACUUUACUUUUUGAACACUUCUGUUAUAAUGGCAGAACAUCUAGAACAGAGUCUUUUGUGUACAGAGACCACCAACGUUGGCGAUGAAGACAACGGCAUGAUUGUUGACAAAGUUCUGAUUUCUCAGAUGGGUUUUCCAUUAGAGAGCCAAGAGAUUAUCAGAGAGAUGAUGGAGAAGGAGAAGCAGCAUUUGCCAAGUGAUGAUUACAUCAAGAGACUCAGAAGUGGAGAUUUGGAUUUGAAUGCCAGAAGAACAGAAGCUCUGAACUGGAUUUGGAAGGCUUGUGAAGAGCACCAGUUUGGACCAUUGUGUGUUUGCUUAUCAGUGAACUACUUGGACCGGUUCUUGUCGGUCCAUGAUCACCCUAAUAUUGACAAAGCUUGGACAAUGCAGUUGCUGGCUGUGGCUUGUUUAUCCUUGGCAGCCAAAAUUGAAGAAACUGAAGUCCCAUUGUUAAUAGAUCUUCAGGUUGGAGAUCCUCAGUUUAUGUUUGAGCCUAAAUCAAUCCAAAGAAUGGAGCUUUUGGUGUUGAACAGAUUGGAAUGGAGAUUGAGAGCGAUAACUCCAUGCUCAUACAUAAGAUAUUUCCUGAGAAAGAUGAGUAAAUGUGAUCAAGAGCCAUCCAACACAUUGAUAUCCAGAUCACUACAAGUGAUAGCCAGCAAAACCAAAGGUAUUGGCUUUUUGGAUUUUAGACCUUCUGAAGUUGCUGCUGCAGUGGCACUUUCUGUUUCUGGAGAAAUGCACACAGUUCACUUUGACAACUCUCCUCUUUUCUCACUACUUCAAAAGGAGAGAGUGAAGAAAAUUGGGGAUAUGAUAGGGAGUGAUGGCUCAGGCUUAUGUUCACAAACACCAAAUGGGGUUUUAGAAGUAUCAGCUUCUUGUUUCAGCUUUAAGACUCAUGAUUCUUCUUCUUCCUCCCAUACAACACAUCUUUCCUAAAUUUCUCUGUUCUUAUAAUCGAAUUUGUUAUUAUUAUUAUUAUUAUUAUUAUUAUUAUUAUUAUUAUUAUUAUUAUUAUGUGUGAUAAGAGGUUGAAAAAGAAAAAUAAUCAUAGCAUAAUUUCAAAUAAAAGAACAGUAUUUAUAUUCCAAUAUUUUAAUUUAUGAUAUGAAGACU